UAUAAACAGUAGCAGUAUGAGGCACCACACGUAUUUACAUAUACAUACAUGCAAGUUCGCGAAGACAACGUCCUUCCAUUCUUAUGUACGGUCGCGAGUACAGAUCCACACAAAAUGUAUACAAAUGUGGGAGGGAGUAGCAUCCAAUAAAGAUACCUAGCAGGAAAGAAUCAAACCCACGUUAUUACACAUGCUCACACACACACACACGAAACAAACAUACACACAAUAUGCGCGGGUGCGAGUAUCCAUGUGGGCGGCGUGAUGCACGUGACUGUGUUUGUGUGUGUGGGUGUGUGUAUAAAACUGUAUGUAUGUGUGUGUGCCCCGCACCGCUUUGCUAGUAAGGAUUUAUGGGAUUCACAAUGCAGUAUAAGCGAUUCCGGUUUCAUUUUUACUUAUUUGGUAUGUGCUAUUACGGCGACUUUCUUCUAAGUAACCAACCCUACUCUACCGAUAGUGUUUCCUUUUGCUACAAACAGUGAUGCUUGCGAGAUCGUUUUCCGAGUUGAGUCGACCUAAGUUGAGGUGUUCCUUGUGCGUGUGUAAAUAUGUAGGAACUAUCUUAUUAAAGCAGACAUGAGGUUAUGGUAUCCUGUUAACAGAUGGAGAGUAAAAAACCUAAAGAAUCACUAUUGGAUUGUGGGUAGUCUGCUAGGUUAAACCAUGUCAUCUUCAUCACCUCCUCAACCACUGCCAUCCUCACCUUCAUCACCGUCCAAUCUUCAGACCACUAAUCAAUUAUCAGCUGUUGCCAACGAUCAUUGCUUCCAAUUGGUGACUGAAUUCCCCUCAAAUAUACCGCUUAUGCAGGGUAACAGACACACAACCUCACAGACUUUUCCCGACAACACAUCCAACAAUACCAGCACCACCAACAACAACAACAACAUCAGCCUCACCUCAAACAUCUUCACAAUUCCUUUGACCACAUCAGCUGGACUGGCUUACGCAUUGACUGAAAACAACAAAAUUGGGAUACAACGCCUCAUUAAACCCAAAAACCCUUCGGAUAAAGAUGCAAAAAACAACAACAACAACACAAGUAACAGCAAUAACAACAACAAUAAUAAUAAUAAUAAUAAUGUCAUUUCAGGUAGCAUUAACAAUGUGAACACUCAGAAACAAGAUCCCCAUUCACAGGGACACAGACUUUUGGUAGAUUCCAACACAGUGGCGGCAGUGGUAGCAGCUGCUGCCAACAUAAACCAAGUCCAAAAUCUAAAUGGAUCUCAGUUUCAGAAAUUCAGUUUCAGCCCUGGUCGGCUUCUGAAGGAUCAGUCUCAACAACAACAGCAACAACAACAACAACAGCUCCAAGGGGAAAUAACUAUGCCACACCAGGAAGACAAAUCACCCUCAUCGUCAUCAUCAACGUCAUCGUCAUCAACAUUACCCAUCACAUUUGCUCCCGAUCAAUCUCAGCAGCAGGCUAGCACGGCUUCAGUGGCUGCGUCCUCCUCAGCUAACGUUGUCACAUCAGCGGCAACGGCAGCAGCAGCAGCAGUUGCCGUUCAACCUGUGGGCUCUCAAAACAGUAAUUCUAUUCAAUCUAUUCAAUACCAGUCCGCUACUGCUGCUGCUGCUGCUAAUGCAAGCCAAGGUGCAACAAAUGACGCAAUGCUAAGCGCUACCAUAAACUAUAAUGACAAUGAAAUGCUGUCAGACGGCACUUUUGAUGUGUCUGUGAGAAACAAUCUGACUCUUGAUGAAGGAAUACUUGGGAAUAUUGGUCCUGCUGGGAAUAUUAGGUUGGCUGAAAAUCCAAAUUCCUCAACGAACUUUGACCUUUUUGAUGGUGAAGGCAAUGUGAACGAUUCUUACAAUAUAGAAGCAUUGUCUCCACACGUUUCCCUUCAGGAAACCCAUGGGAAUUUUGGCACAAAUGUCAGUGAAACUAACGAAAGUGUAACUGCUGAAUCGGAUACUGUUGGAAGUUCAGGUGGGAAUCGUGUUCCUGCUGAAUCUGCAUCUCUCCGUGGUGCUGGAGCUACUACCGCAGCUAGAGGUAAGAUUCGGAUGCCCAAAGGGCAAACCGUUAUAUCACGCCAAGCUGUUCAGUGUCAAGUUUGUGCCAAAACCCUCAACAACCCCAGUGCCUUGGCAAAACACAAGCUCACCCACAGUGAUGAAAGGAAAUAUGUCUGCCACAUAUGUUCUAAAGCUUUUAAAAGACAAGAUCAUUUAAACGGACAUUUGGUUACACAUCGUGCUAAAAAACCUUAUGCAUGUCAUUUUGAAGGGUGUGAUAAAAGUUACUGUGAUAAUCGGUCAUUACGGCGCCAUCUAGAAAACCAUCACAACAAACAGAAUCACGAUGUUAACAACAGCAGCAGCAGUGCAGCUGCCAAUCCUGCAAGUGCUCCUGCAGUUGCCAGUGGAAAUGCAGGUUCGGGUAUUGCUAAUGCAAGUACCACCUCAAGUUCAGUCUCAACCCAGAGCACAAGUAAUGUACCAGUAUCUUCAAUAGCCAAUCAGUCUAUGGAUUUCCAAGGAAACA